AUUGGCAAAUUGUCAUGUGAACUUUUGGAAAUAGCGAUUUGGAGCUGAAACGGUUGGCUGAUUAUUCCAAAUCUUAUGUUUCUUUUCAUUUUUUUUUUCCUCACAUGCAGGUCGGUGAUAUGUCAAAUAUCAAGUUAGAUCAGGUUGUUUGCCAUGAUUCUAAGGAAUCUGAAUUAGCUCUUGGAAUGGGAAAGUGACAUUGGAUGAAAAGGUUAGUAGAGUACACGAGAUCCUAAAUAGUAUACAUAAGCAAGGGCAGAGAUCAAUUAGCAGCAGCACGGCAAAUGCUCAGCCUGGAAUAUUCACUGAUAGCUUACUCUACGGAGUGUCAUGGACAAAGCUAAACGGACAACAAAAUCAGGAAAUCUUAAUGAAGUGUCCAUGGUUUUGCUUAAUAAUUUGUUGUCUCUACCCUUCGCCAUCUUCUUGAUUUUCAUUUUGAAUGAAUGGGAAUAUGUAAUAAAUGUUGGUGUGAUUAAAUUGCCAAUGUUUUGGGUUGUUGCAACAGCUAGUGGAUUUCUUGGACUUGCCAUUAGCUUCACCUCCAUGUGGUUUUUGCAUCAAACUGGACCAACCACUUACAGGUGUUUGAUUUUGUGUAUGAUUAACCUCAAAAAUGUCGGACAAAUCCUCGUUAAAAAAUUUAUGCUUCUUAGGUUUUAUUUCAAAGAGACUAUCUCUUGGAUUUCAAGGAAAGGUAACAAGAGGUCAAAAUGAAGUUAAAAUGUAAGGUUCUACUUAUGUUCUUUAUCUUAAGUCUAUUUUUUGUGAACAUCUUUCCACGUUGUUAAUAAAGCAAG